CAGCCCGAGCCCAGCGGGGCCCAGCUGGGCAACUCUGCAGCCCACCUGGGCCACCAGCCACCUACUUGGUGUCCCAGACCCCGCCGGCACAGCCGACAGCCCAUUUGAAUAAGAAUCGUGCACGGGAAAGGGGGGCCGCAGCCGCCACCAUCCCAUCGCCGCCCUCGCCCUGGCUCAUUUCUGCGCGCCCAGCCCGGGGGGCAGCGGGUCCUGCGACGCCCUCGCCCCUGGCCUUGGCCUCGCCGAACGCCGCAGGACACCAGACAGAGCCAGCGGCUGCCCAUGGACCUCCUGGCACUUGCUCUCCUCCUGGUGAAGGUGCCAGUGGUGGGGGGCUGGCAGGAGCCUGACUCGAGCCAGGGCUGUGCCCGCGGCAGCUGCUACCCAGCCACCGGGAACUUGCUGGUGGGGCGAGCCCCCCGCCUGAGUGCCACCUCCACCUGCGGCCUUUCUGGGCCCCAGGAGUACUGCAUCGUCAGCCACCUCCAGGACUCAGAGAAAUGCUUCACGUGUGACUCACGGGACCCAUCCCUGCCCGAGAGCCACCGCAUCGAGAACGUCAUCUACCUGAGCGGCCCCCACGGGCAGCGGACAUGGUGGCAGUCAGAGAACGGCGUGGAGCACGUCAGCAUCCGCCUGGACCUGGAGGGCGAGUUCCACUUCACCCACCUCAUCAUGAAGUUUAAGACCUUCCGCCCUGCAGCCAUGCUGGUGGAGCGCUCGGCUGACUUUGGGCGCAGCUGGAAAGUCUACCGCUACUUCGCCUACGACUGCGCCAAGCUCUUCCCUGGCAUCCCCAGCCAGCCCUCGGGGCUGGUGAAUGAGGUGCUGUGUGACCAGCGCUACUCUGAGAUCGAGCCCUCCAGCCAUGGCGAGGUCAUCUUCAAGGUGCUGGAUCCCUCCAUCCCCGUGGCAGAUCCCUACAGCCCCAACAUCCAGGACCUGCUGCGUGUCACCAACCUGCGGGUGAACCUCACCAAGCUUCACACGCUGGGGGACAACCUGCUGGACUCCCGAAGGGAGGUGCUGCACAAGUACUACUAUGCCGUGGAUGAGCUGGUGCUGCGUGGAAGCUGCUUCUGCCAUGGCCACGCUGCCCACUGCGCCCCAGCACCCGGUGCCCCAUCGUCCUCUGUCCCUGGCAUGAUCCAUGGGCGCUGCGUCUGUGAGCACCACACGCAGGGGUUGAACUGCGAGCGCUGCCAGGACUUCUACCAGGACCUGCCCUGGCGCCCGGCUGAGGGCUCCAGGACCAACGCCUGUCGCCGCUGUGACUGCAACGAGCACUCGCAGCGGUGCCACUUCGACAUGGCUGUUUUCCUGGCCACGGGGAACGCCAGCGGGUCCGUGUGUGAUGGCUGCCAGCACAACACCAUGGGCCGCCGCUGCCACCUCUGCAAGCCCUUCUACUACCGGCACCCCCGCUCGGACAUCCGUGCCCCCACCGCCUGUGCCCCGUGCGACUGUGACCCAGCGGGUUCCCUGGAUGGAGGCGCCUGUGACGGGCACACAGACGUGGCCCUGGGCAUGAUUGCGGGGCAGUGCCGCUGCAAGGAGAACGUGGCUGGACCCCGCUGCGACCGCUGCCGGCAUGGCGCCUACGGCCUCAGCCACGGCGACCCACAGGGCUGCCAGCCGUGUAGGUGUGACCCGCGGGGCACCGUGGCGGGCAGCUCCCCCUGCGACCCCAUCAGCGGGGACUGCUACUGCAAACGCUUCGUGGCCGGGCGCUCCUGCAGCCAGUGCGUGCCCGAGUUCUGGGGCCUGAGCUACGACUUGGGGGGCUGCCGGCCCUGCGCCUGCGACUUCGGGGGAGCCUACAGCAACCGGUGCUCCAUGGAGGAUGGGGCUUGUCCCUGCCGUCCCCACCUCAUGGGGCGGCAGUGUGACCAGGUACAGCCCGGCUUCUUCUGCGCCCCCCUCGACUACUACACCUAUGAGGGUGAGCAGGCCACCGGCCACGGCCACAGCCACCCCCAGCUCCCGGGUGCCGUGCGGGCAGAGGUGCCCCAGGACUGCCUGGAGUACAUCCCUGGGGAGCCAGGGGGGCGGAAGGGCCGCCCACGGCGCCAGCGCAGCUUCCCCCGCGCCCCGCAGCCCCGCGGCCCCUCACGCCGUGGCCGCCAGCAGCCCCCCAAGCCGGACGUGGAGGAGGUGCUGCGGGAUGGCGCCGCGCACAUGGUGACGUGGACAGGCUCAGGGUUCGCCCGGGUGCGGGACGGGGCUGGCCUGACCUUCCGUGUGGACAACGUGCCCUACCCCAUGGACUACGAGCUGCUGCUGCGCUACGAGCCUGAGUCAGCCGAGGACUGGGAGGCCGUGGUCAGUGUCAGCUCCCGGGCACUGCCCACCAGCCCCCGCUGCGGGAACCUGCUGCCCUCUGAGCAGAUGUACCGUGAGAGCCUGCCCCACAGCCAGAGGUAUGUGCUGCUGUCUCGGCCCUUCUGCUUUGAGCCCAGCACCCCCUAUGAGGUGACCGUGCGGCUUCAGCGGGCUGGUGUCACCCAGCGCCACCCCGGUGCCUUCAUCCUCAUCGACUCGUUGGUGCUGCUGCCGCGGGUGACUGAGCUGCCGGGCUUCCACGGGCCCGAGGCGACGGGGCGCCGGGAGGAGCUGGAGCGGUACCGGUGCCUAGAGGUGUUUCACAUGGCCCCCCCGCACCCCCUGGCCCAGGCCUGUGCCCGCAUGGUCUGCAGCGUCUCGGCCCUGCUGCACGGCGGGGCACUGCCCUGCCAGUGCGACCCGCAGGGCUCCCGCAGCAGCGAGUGCCAGGUGCAGGGAGGGCAGUGUGAGUGCAAGCCCCACGUCCUGGGCCGGCGAUGCGACCACUGUGCGCCCGGCAGCUAUGGCUUCGGGCCCCUGGGCUGCAGCCCCUGCGCCUGCUCCCCGGAGGGCUCAGUGUCACAACUGUGCCAUGUGGUGAGCGGGCAGUGCCGGUGCCAGCCUGGCGCUGUGGGCCGCCAGUGUGACCAGUGCCAGCCGGGCCACUGGGGCUUCCCUGCGUGCCAACCCUGCCAGUGCAACGGGCACAGCGAGGACUGCGACCCGCAGACGGGCACGUGCCUGCGCUGCCGUGGCCACACCGCCGGCCGCCACUGCGAGAGGUGCCAGGAUGGUUACUACGGGGACCCAGUGCUGGGCUCGGGGCAGCAGUGCCGGCCCUGCCCCUGCCCCGGCUACCCUGGCACAAGGCACUACCACGGGAGCGCCUGCCAUGCUGACAAGGAGACUCACCACAUCAUCUGCCUGUGUGCACCCGGAUAUGCUGGGCCCCGCUGUGACCGCUGCUCCCCCGGCUACUUCGGGGCACCAGAGACAGAGGGAGGUGCGUGCCGGCCCUGCCAGUGCAACAACAACAUCGACACCAGCGACCCGGGGGCCUGCGACCCCCGCACGGGGCACUGCCUGCGCUGCCUGUACCACACCGCCGGGCCCCGCUGCGCACACUGCCAGCCCGGCUACUACGGCAAUGCCCUGCAGCGCAGCUGCCGGCGCUGCAGCUGUGACCCACGGGGAACUGUGGCCUCAUACUGCACCACCGGCAUCUGUGCCUGCGAUGGCAGCACCGGCGCCUGCGCCUGCCGGCCCAACGUGGUGGGCAAGAGCUGCGACCACUGUGCACCCCACUUCUGGAGCCUGGGGGGUGCGGGGGGCUGUGAGCCCUGUGGCUGCCACCCCACUCACGCCCUGCACCCCGCCUGCAACGUGGUGACGGGGCAGUGCCAGUGCCGGCCCGGCUUCGGUGGCCGUGUCUGUUCCCAGUGCCAGGAGCAUCACUGGGGAGACCCUGAGAGGGAAUGCCAAGCCUGUGACUGUGAGCCGCUGGGCGCCGAGAGCCCACAGUGCGAGCAGAGCAGCGGGCAGUGCCGGUGCCGGCCGGGCUUCGGGGGGCUGCGCUGUGACCGCUGCCAGCGUGGCUACCAGGAGGCCUUCCCGCGCUGCUCGCCCUGCCACCCCUGCUUCAGGCGCUGGGACCCGGCCCUGGGCGGGCUGCGGGACGGGCUGCGGCGCCUGGGCACGCAGGUGCGGGCGCUGCGGGAGGGGGGGGCCAUGCUCCCCCUCAGCCCCCGUCGCCUACGGGAGCUGGAGGCAACCCUGGGGCGUGUGGAGCAGCUGCUGGGAGAGCGGGACAGCCCCGGCGGCCCCCUCCUCGACGGGCUGCCCAGGCGGCUGGAUGGCACCAGGAUGGAGCUGGACGACUUCUGGAAACAACUUCAGGAUCUGGAGGAACAUCUGGAUCAGCUGGCACAGGCAGAUGUGCGGCAGCACAACCAGUUAGCCAGGCUGAGCCGCCAGCUGGGGGAUCUCAACCGAACCACCUCCCACCUCCAAACCCUCCUCAGCACCGUAGCAGCGGCCGGAUUUGGCGAGUCUUACCGCAGCAUCCUGGCGUCGGUGGGGGACUCGCGGGAGGCGGAGGCGGCGGCCAAGGGCGCGGUGGGCGAGCUGAGCGGGGCCGAGGCAGCGCGGCGGGCAGCCGAGCGGGCACUGCGGCAGCGUGGCGAUGCCUUCCGCCGGGGCGCGGCUGCCGCGAGGAAAUCCUUACGGGAGGCGCAGAAGCGAGUGAUGGGCCUCAGCAUUGCUGGGAUCAAUGAGAAGAUCUGUGGCGUGCCCGGGGACCAGAGCUGUGAGCAAGCACCCUGUGGAGGGGCUUUGUGCCGGGACAGCGCAGGGACACGGCACUGUGGUGGCCUGGGCUGUGAGGGGGCACUGCCCGUUUCUGCUCAAGCCCUGAGCAGCGCCCGUAAUGCCUCACAGCAGCUGGAGGUGGCACUGGGGCAUCUGGGUGUCGUGGCACAGAAGACGCAGGAGGUGCAGGAGCUGGCACGGGGGGCGCGGAGCCGGGCGGAGGAGGCGCUGGGUCGCUCGCAGGCUGCCCGCAGCCGCGCCGAGAAGGCAACAGCUCAGCUGCGGGACUUCAUCCGCCGGAUCAAGGCCUUCCUGGCAGAGGAAGGAGCCGACCCAGGCAGCAUCGAGCUGGUGGCUCGGCAGGUGCUGAACAUCUCCCUGCCCAGCAGCCCCAGCCGGAUCCAGGAGCUGCUGCAGGAGAUGCAGGAGAGCAUCGGGCAGCUGGAGGGGGUGGACGUGGUGCUCAACAGCACGGCACAAGGGCUGACUGCGGCACAGGGGCUGCUGGUGCAGGGACGGGAUGCCAGGGAGCGAGCAGAGGGCGUGAGGGAUGAGCUGGCAGGGACACAGCGGGCGCUGGAGAUGGCACGGGCACAGGUGACAGUGGCGGGCAGUGCCCUGCGCAGUGCCAGGGACGCCAUUCGGAUGGCCGAGGGCAGAUCCAAGGAGGCGGAGCGCAGGCUGCAGGCACUGGAGGGGAAGGAGCUGCGGGCACAGCGGCGGCUGCAGGAGCUGGCACAGCGCGUCGCAGUCCUGCAGGAGCGAGGCCAGGAUGCCCGCCGCAUGGCCCAGCAAGCCAGGGACGGGGCGCAGCGUGCCACUGCCACCUCAGGGAUGCUCAGCCAGGACCUGGCGCAGGUGACGCAGCGCUACAUGGUGCUGAAGGGCCGGGUGAGCGGGCUGGCAGGGGUGUCCGGAGGAGCCCUGCAGCGCGUGAUGCGGCUGACUGCCGAGGCCCGGGACCUCCUGGACAAGGCCAGCAGCAGCAAGACAAAGCUGGAAGAUCUGGAGCGGCACUUUGGGGAAAACGAGCAGAAGAUAGCAGCGAAGGCAAUGCGACUGCAGGUAUUGGAGCAGCAGGUCUGGGGGCUGCUGGAGGAGAUCCGGGAGAGGGCCAACGCGUAUGCCACCUGCUAGGGACCGGCGGCGGGUCCUGCCCCGCAGCCUCCCCGCCCCCAGACUCCGCAGCCCGGGGGUCCCGUCCCCUCCGCGAGCCCUUGUAGCGCGGGGGCGCCUGUAAAUAAAGUGCUGAGCAGCGGC